CAGGCAAAGGAGUGAUGCUCUUGAAACAUGACAAAAAUCUGGACUAAAUAAAAGUUUUCCUAUUGCAGGAGUAAAAUCCAAAAUGUAUAGGCCAGGGGAAACAGUCAAACGUCGACUCAACAUGCAUGCUCCUCCACGGAUAAGAAGUGUGGAAGUUGCUAGAGGAAGAGCAGGUUACGGGUUUACCCUUUCUGGACAAGCUCCUUGUGUUCUUAGUUGUGUGAUGAAAGGAAGCCCUGCAGAUUAUGUUGGACUUAAAGCAGGAGAUCAGAUAUAUGCAGUUAACGAAAUCAACGUGAAAAAAGCCUCUCAUGAAGAUGUAGUGAAACUUAUAGGAAAAUGUUCUGGAGUCCUGCACAUGGUCAUUGCUGAAGGGAUUAGUCAUCUAGAUUCAUGUUCGAGUGAUGAAGAAGUUGGUUUUUAUGAUGGGAAGGGGUGGCUGAAACCCAAACCUGACUCUAAGGCUCUGGGUAUAAACAGAGCAGAGAAAGUUGUUGAAGAAAUGCAGUCUGGUGGCAUCUUCAACAUGAUCUUUGAGAAUCCUGCUCUUUGUGCUGGUAACUCAGAUAAUUCUGCACCAAAACAAAGAUCAUUUUCAGUUUCUGCUGCUAUGAAAUUUGAAACUGGCAAUGAAAGUGUAAGCAAUCCAAACCUACUGUCAAAGGAAGAAAUAGCCAAAGUCCUGAAUGAUGAUUCAGUUUUCAGACUUGGACUGGAGGGCGCAGAAGACUUUGGAUUAGAUGCAAGCAUUUUAAAUGUUGCCAUGAUCGUAGGUUACCUGGGCUCAAUUGAACUUCCUUCAACAACCUCGAAUUUGGAAAGUGACAGUUUGCAGGCUAUUCGUGGAUGCAUGAGACGUCUGCGGGCGGAGCAGAAAAUCCAUUCCCUGGUGAUGAUGAAGAUAAUGCAUGACUGUAUUCAGCUCUGCAGUGACAAAUCAGGUGUCGUGGCAGAAUAUCCUGCAGAGAAACUGGCAUUCAGUGCUGUUUGCCCAGAUGAUAGAAGAUUCUUUGGACUAGUUACAAUGCAGACAAACGAUGAUGCAAGCUUGGCUCAAGAGGAUGAAGGGGUUCUGAGGACAUCUUGCCAUGUUUUUAUGGUGGAUCCUGAAUUAUUUCAUCAUAAAAUUCACCAGGGUAUAGCAAGACGGUUUGGACUGGAAUGUACAGCGGAUCCAGAUACAAAUGGCUGUCUAGAGUUUCCAACAUCAUCUCUACCUGUUCUGCAGUUUAUUUCUGUCCUGUACAGGGAUAUGGGGGAACUGAUUGAGGGAAUGCGUGCGAGGGCUUUUCUUGAUGGUGAUGCAGAUGCUCAUCAAAAUAAUAGUACAAGCAGCAACAGUGAUAGUGGAAUUGGAAAUUUCAACCAGGAAGAAAAGAAUAAUAGAGUUCUGGUGGUUGAUUUAGGGACCAACCCGAGUAAACACAUUCCUAACAGCCUGUGGGAAAAUCCAGUAGGAAGGGGACAAAAUCAACCUGCUUCCCAUUGGAAUGGCUUCUGUCAUGAGCAAGAGGGAAGCAUUCCUUUGGAAGUAAUACAGAAUGAUAAGACCCAGAAUGUAAGCAAACACUUAAGUCCUUCUGCUCGUAUUGAAGUGCCAUUGGUUUCCUCCCGAAAUUCAGUACCUCCAUCAAAGAAAAAUGCUGCAGGCACAGGCAAUCAAAGGUGGUUGCCUGUGCAUGUGUUACAGGAAUGGCAGCAUGGAAAUGCCAGCGACCAGGAGUCGUACACGGAUUCUACAGACGGCUGGUCAAGUGUUAACUGUGGAACCCUUCCCCCACCAAUGAGUAAGAUUCCAGCUGACAGGUACAGAGUCGAUGGCAGCUUUGGUCAGCCUCAGCUGAAAUCUCACAAAAAUGAAUGGUCUAAGAAGAUGUUUUGCAUUCAGAACAAAUUUGGCCCUCCCCACAGUAUUAGGAAAUCUAAAGAAGAUAAAAAGGCUGCAAAAUUUGGACAUUCAGUGGGAUUAAAUCAGGCUCCUCCCCCGCGUUCUUCUGCUCGAAGAUCAUUUGGAAGAUCCAAGCGAUUUAGUAUUACUCGCUCUCUGGAUGACCUUGAGUCAGCAACUGUUUCUGAUGGAGAGCUGAAUAGCACUGAUUUAAAAGACUGCAUCAGUGAGAACAGCCUCAGUAGCAAUGCCAGUCUUCCCAGUGUACAGAGCUGUCGACGACUUCGAGAAAGAAGAGUUGCAAGUUGGGCUGUUUCAUUUGAGCGUCUUCUUCAGGAUCCUAUUGGUGUUAAAUACUUUUCGGAAUUUCUCCGGAAAGAAUUUAGUGAAGAAAAUAUUUUAUUUUGGCAGGCCUGUGAAUAUUUUAACCAUGUACCUGCACAUGAUAAAAAAGAGCUUUCUUACAGAGCUCGGGAGAUCUUCAGUAAGUUCUUGUGUAGCAAAGCUACAACCCCAGUUAAUAUUGAUAGCCAGGCACAGCUGGCAGAUGAUAUUCUCAAUUCUCCACAUCCGGAUAUGUUCAAGGAACAGCAGCUUCAGAUAUUUAACUUGAUGAAGUUUGAUAGCUAUACUCGCUUUCUCAAAUCCCCUCUUUACCAAGAAUGCAUCUUAGCAGAAGUAGAAGGACGUCCUCUUCCUGAUCCUCAGCGUGUUCCCAGCAGCCCCACUUCUAAACACAGCGUCAGUUCAGAGAAGUCCAAUAUCUCGACACCAAAAAAGCUAAGCGGUAAAUCAAAGUCAGGAAGAUCUCUAAAUGAAGAGUCGGGAGAGGAGGACACUGAAAAGAAAAAACGGGGAACGUUCUUCUCGUGGUCAAGAAGUAAAAGUUUGGGAAAAUCACAGAAGAGAAGAGAAAAUGGUGAUUAUCCAAACGAUUCUUUUCAGUCCAAUGGAUUGUCAUACAGACGGGAAUCACAAGGCUCCAUGUCAUCAACUGCUAGUCUUGACUUGUCUGAAACCUCAAGAUUGCCUGCUUUUGUACCAGAUAAAGAGAAAUCUCCCAAAUACUGCUGUGUAAACCUUCCGGAUGGCUCAUCCAGCAAAAUGGCUGUUAAAUCUGGAUUCUCCAUCAAAGAGGUGCUAUCUGGGCUCUGUGAGAAGCAUGGCAUUAACAUAGCUGCAGUGGACCUUUUUUUAGUUGGAGGUGAUAAGCCACUGGUAUUGCACCAAGACAGUAGUAUCCUGGAGUCUCGGGACCUACGUUUAGAAAAACGCACUUUAUUUCGGCUGGAUCUUGUUCCGAUCAAUCGGUCAGUUGGUUUGAAGGCUAAACCCACUAAACCAGUAACAGAGGUCUUAAGGCCUGUGGUUGCAAAAUAUGGUUUAAAUCUUAAUGAACUUGUGGCAAGACUAAAUGGUGAGCAGGAACCACUUGAUCUUGGUGUCCCUAUAUCUAAUCUGGAUGGUCAGCGGGUUGUUCUAGAAGAAAAAGAACCAACAAAAGGUAGAGAGAAACAAAAAGGUACAUUGGUAAAACAGACUGCAGUUGUAUCUACUUCAAGAAGUCAAGCAUCUACUAAUUUUUUGAACUCAUAUCCAAAGCACAAAGUAACAGAGCAGAUGACCAACGUGGACUGCUAAGGAAAGAAGACCUUAUUCUUCCUGACUUUCUUCGUUUACCACCCACUGGACCAGAACCAUCCUCAUCUACUCCUGCAGGUCCUAAAGGCUUCAACAAGCGAGUUUCAAAAAAUGAUGACAAUGAUGGAUGCACAUCCCCAACUGGAAAACAGGAGUCCAUACAAAACUUUAAUGAAAAUUCAGUUAAGAAAAUGGGUUACUCAGAAAAUAAACACAAAUCUGCCUUGGCAGCUCUCCACAGUCAGAAGACUUUCAGUGUUCCUUUUAGUCCUCCAUUGUCUCCCAUUCCGCAUGCACAGGAAAACAAUGCAACAGUGUGGAAAAGGCAGUCAAGAGAAUUGCAAGCCGAAGGCAUACAGAUGGUAGAUGAUGACAAUGUGGCAGACUUGACUCUUGUGGCUGAAGGAGAUAUUAGUAGCCCUAACAGCACUUUGCUGCCGCCGCCACCACCGACACCACCGUCAGACAUCAGUAAACUCACAGAAGCCAACUAUCCACCCCCAACUCCUUUUACAGGUAAUCAGGAAAAAUCUGGAUAUCAAAGAUCCAAUUCAGGUAUUUCUAGAUUUUAAUAGUCUUUCCUUUUAUGUAAAACUACUUUUCCUUGGCACUGUUAAUCAGUAUUUGGCACCCAUUAAAACAAGAAAGAAAAUUCUCUCUGCACCUUAAUUUUUUUUUACAAAAAAAAAAAAAAGGAAAAAAAGAUUUUAAUUGCCUUAGUCUGUGCUAACUGUAAUAUUUCUGGUUGCCUUUAACAAUGUACUUUUGUUUGGAUUUGGCAUGUGACCAAAAAUGGACACAUGCAGACAAACGUUUGAAACGUAUCCAUGUGCUAUAAUUAUCUCAUUCACCCUCAGAGUACAAAACAGGGUGUCAGCAUUUUGAGCUCCAUAGCACUGUUGUGUUCCAGAUUUUCUGAUCCAUUUCUCAUAAUGAGAUACAUGAUUAGGGCUUGGAAGUUUAAGUACUUUAGCAAAAACCCUAAUUAUGUGUUGAAAAUUGCAGUACUGUUCAUGAUUAAAAUCUUAAGUGGAUAAACCUCAAUUUAAAAAAUAUUUCUCUAAUAAAUUAGAUAUUUGUGACUAAAAAUAAAAAUGUUAUUUUUUUUAACCCAUACUUUCCUACACAGAGAAAUAGAUUGCAUCUAUCACGCUUUCUCCCAGAAUUUCACAUGUCAAAUAGCUCUUUCUAUUAGAUAAUUUUAAAGGAAAUAUGUAACUUUUUCAGGAUAUAAGUUUCUUGGUCUAGCAAUAUCACAGAGCAAUAUUAGCCCAAGGCUGAAGUAUGGAAUUUCUUUAUAAACAUGGACUCUAAUAAUAAUUGCUAUUACCAGAAACAAGAAUUUGAAGACGAUGGGUGUCGUGACAUUGACAUUUUACAGUCGUUGUACUGUACAGUUUAAUGUAAAAUAUAAGAAGAGGUAUCUAUGUGCUACAUUUAUUUUUGAUGUUUCACAAACAUAUGGUGCCAUAAUUUGUAUGAUCACAUUUCUUUGUGAUGUGGGAAUAUACAGUUUAACUAUUUAUCUUUUUACACAGAGUAUUUGAUACUGUUCUUUAUCUGUAUGGUUGAUGAUUUGUAAAUACUUCUUUGGUUGUUGGAUGCUUAUAAAUGGCAAUGCAAAUUAUUUCCUCCUCUUGGUAUUUUAAAAACAAAUUCCUUUAUUAGUAGUAUUUGAGAAAUGUUCUAUAAGUGCUACCACUUAAUUUCUGAAACUGAGUAUUGGACGGACUUGUAACCAGUGCCUAUGAAUAACUGAACCACAAAAUGUACUUUGGACAUAUUGAUGUAUAUAUGCAUAGAUUUGUGUUGGUGUCUUUCUGAUAAUAUGACAAGUGUACAACAUAGGUAUCAAUUUGCAUAUUUUUCAGUGAGAACUGUUAAAAAAACCAUUUGCACUUAAAAAAAACUUCAUGAAUUUACAAUAUUUUAAUGCAUGCCCUACAUUUCUGUGUAACCACUGAGCUGUAGCUUUCCCUUUUCCCACUUUCUACUUUUUACUUUGUAGAAAUCUUUGUGUAGUUUUCACAUGUAUUUUGUAUCUUUGUUCUCUCAGGAGUAAUAAAUUCUAGGUCUAGUUACA